AGCGCCCCCUGCAGGCUGAGCUCGGAGAAGAAGGAAAAGGAGAAGGAGGCGUGUGGUGGCGCUCAUCUUCAGAGAUUAACCCCCGUUCGUAUAGGUGGACAGUUAAACAGCAGCCGUGCCCCGCCGCGCCCCCACCCCCAGCGGCGCCGUCAUGUGGCAGGAGGCCCGCAAACACGAGCGCAAGCUCCGUGGCAUGAUGGUAGAUUACAAGCGCCGUGGCGAGCGCCGCAGAGAGUACUACGAGAAGAUCAAAAAAGAUCCUGCCCAGUUUCUACAAGUUCACGGCCGAUCCUACAAGAUCCACCUGGACCCGGCUGUGGCGCUGGCUGCAGAAAGCCCUGCCAACAUGAUGCCAUGGCAGGGAGAUGCCAACAACAUGAUUGACAGGUUUGACGUGAGGGCCCAUCUGGACUACAUCCCGACUUACACCCCCCCACUGCUCAGCACAUCAACCCCAGAGCACGAGAUGGAGGACAGGAAGUGCAACUAUGAGCGCUAUAGAGGUCUCGUACAGAAUGAUUUUGCCAACAUCUCAGAGGAGCAGUGUUUAUAUCAGAUCUACCUGGAUGAGCUCUACGGUGGCCUGGCCAAACCAAACGAGGAUGAGAAGAAAAAACUCGCUGAGAAAAAGGUCGCCAUUGGUUACACGUAUGAAGACAGCACGGUGGCGGAGCCUCAUUCCCAGUCGGACAAAGAAGACGACAAUUCAGAGAACAGUGAAUCCGAGGAGGACGAAGGCAUUCCUGACAUUGAUGUGGAGGUUGAUGUUGACGAGCUGACUCCAGAACAGCUGUUGGAUCUAAACAAAAUGGCGACUCCAUAUGGAAUGGCUGAAGGCGACUUUGUCAGAAUGUUGAAGAAGGACAAGGAGGAAGUGGAGGCCAUCAAACAUGCCAAAGCUCUGGAGGCAGAGAAAGCCAUGUACUCUGGCCGCCGCUCUCGCAGACAGAGGAGAGAGUUUAGAGAGAAGAGGCUAAAAGGUAGACAGAUCAGUCCACCAAGCUAUGCCAGAAGAGACAGCCCAACAUACGACCCUUACAAACGGCCAGAGACGGAGUCCAGCUCUGAAUCCCGGUCACGAUCUUGUACUCCUGGUCCAGAGAAGAUCACGUUCAUCACCAGCUUCGGAGGCAGUGAAGACGAAGCUGCGCCAGCCACACAAACCGCCGUGCCUCACUCUGGCCACGCCCCCUCCAGCUUGCAGCACUCUGCAGGUCAUAGCAGGGGCUCCCGGAGACGAAGGUCAACCUCCAGCAGCUCCUCUUCUUACUCAUCCCGCUCCUCAUCCCGGUCCUCCUCUCGGUCAUCUUCCCGUUCACGCAAAGCCCGGCGUGGACGCGGGAGAAGAGAAAGCCGGCGCUCACAAAGUCAUUCACGAUCGAGACGGCACUCCAGGUCUCGCUCCAGAGGUAGAGGAGGGAACGGAGGAUCCUGUAGGAGACGUGACCGGACAAGAUCGCGGUCCAAUGACCGAGACAGAGGCAGAGAUAGAGAUAGAGACAGGGAUAGAGAUAGGGACAGGAGACGAUACUCAGCACGCAGACGAACAAGGUCUCGCUCCAGUUCGCGGCUGCGUGGUGGUUUGAGGCAGGGAGCUUUGAGCAGUCGAGGACACCGUCGGAGAGACAGCGGCAGCCGCAGUCCCUCUCAUUCUCCAAACCGCCCACCCCAGAGUCCCUCUCCUACCCACAGAGGGUCCCAGCCUGCUGCCAACACCAUCUCUGACAAACUGAGAAAGCCUGACACUCCGGGCGGUAAAGAGACGGGAGCUGCCAAACCCAAGCUGACCCCCCAGGAGCGGCUGAAGAUACGAAUGCAGAAGGCACUCAACAAGCAAUCCAAGGCGGAUAAGAAAGCUGCUCAAGUGAAGAUCCAGCAGCAGGAACACAAACGACAGGAGCGAGAAGGAGAACUACGAGCCAUGGCACGCAAGAUCCGUAUGAAGGAGCGUGAGCGACGUGAGAAAGAGAGGGACGAAUGGGAACGACAGUACGGACGACAGAGCCAUUCGCCUUCUCCCUCCAAACACGGCCGGGAACACAGCUCACACAAAAGAAGGUCGCGGUCUCGCUCUCGCUCUCGCUCUCGGAGUCCACAUUACAGAUACUGAAUUGGUCAGAUGGAAGAUGAGCCCCAUCCUGCAGAACAAGAACUUUCCACGGACACAAACGACCCAGUUAGAACAUCUUACAUUAAAAUAUGAGAAGAUGCACUGUCUUACUGGUGGUUAAUGAAUCUGCAACUGUUCACAAAUGAAACAUUGUGAUUCCUCGAUCGCACUGAAUUAGAGAUCACUUCUUUGGCCAAGAUGGGUUUAAUCUGCCCUUUAGUUUCUGUUUUAUUUUCUGACGACUGGAUAACAUUUUGGUUUCUUCACGUCUGCAUGUUACCUCUGUUAUCUUCAUGGUCAGUUCUCUGGGAGACAUUUUAAUAACAUACUAAGCAAUACAAGAGGUUUUAAAAGGUAUCCUCCUCCUUCUCCCUGGUAUGUUUCUGUUAGAGCAAAAACUUAAGCUAAGGAUUAAACCUUAAAUGGACAUUUCCAAAUUCAGACUUAUUCAAACCACUUUACAGAAGAAAAGACUAGGUUUGUGCAUUUGAUUGCUCUUUUUGUACUCUGUCCUCAGACGGCUAAUGACACCAAACAACUGUUGUUUUUUUUUUUCUCUGUAACAUGAAAUGUUAAAUAGAACAAAUAAAGCCCACUUUGAAAUCUU